CGCAACUGAACCGCCUGCCGUGGUGUGCCAGUCAUGUACGAAACGAGAUUCCCCCAACCCGACUUUAAUGUCCAACCGCGACUCGGGAAUUGGACAACUUCCAACGAACUUCCAGACAUACAACGAACAACACGAGAACUUGCGCAUCCGCAUAGACGUCUUGAGUAGGUAAUCAAGGCUCUACCUAACCGUUCAAGAGGAUCAACAAUCCCAUUUGAAUCAUUCAUUUAUCCUUUGAUCCCCUCCCUACUUGGCUUCCAACAUCAUCCGACUUGUCCCGUCUUUGGCCUUCUGUUCGCCGCGUUUAAUUAGCAUCUCCUGAGAAAAGAAACGACCUCGUCUCAGCCGUCGCCUUACAACCUUUUGUUCUAUCUUGCAUUAUUCACCACAUCGUACUUUCCCUCAACUGCCGCAGCUUAGUACAAUCGAUAACCGGGCAGACAGCACGGAAUUCCUGCAUCCGUUUUACGCUUACGACGUGCCGACGUCCUGUACACCAAGUACACGCACCCGACCAACAAAUACCCUCCACUUCAUCCGUUGGGUUCCGAUCCGCCCCUAUAGCAAGGCUAUAUUGACGACACACUGGCCCAACGUUUCGUCGAUUCCCUGUGGCCUCUACCUCGAUCACCAUCACCAAGUUAUCUGAUCCGUGGGCCCGUCGGGCCUCUUGAGACUACCCAUCAUGACGCAGUACAGCCUCGCGAAGCAGGCCGCCCUGUUGAAAUGGAUCAACACGUUCAAGACAUCGCGCCGGGCGGCCACCCUUAAGGACCUCCAAGAUGGCCUGAUGCUGGGAGACAUUCUCGAAGAUAUGACCUCCGGGGACUUUUCCAGCUCCAGCCUCAUUCGGAAUCCUUCCUCACCCGAAGACAACAAGGCCAACCUUGAAACCGUAUCUCGUGGCCUCGCUGCUUUCAUGCGCAACGACGUUCCGCAGUACGCUCCUCCGCCGUCCAAGUUACGCGCCAUCCUAGAACACCCGGACGACAUUGCGAUUUGCGAGUUCCUCUCGUAUUUUGUCAUUACCAUCUGCUUGGGUUCCACCAACAAGGCAUACGUUCCGGCUAUCCUGCAGCUCGACAGUGUUACGCAAAAGGAAAUCGCAAACACUGUCGAAGUGUUCCAAAAGCGAAAAGAUGCGGAUGCGAAACUGCAAGAGCCGAAGGAGGUGGAUGGACAGACUAAUGCCGACCUGCACAUUGUCAGGGAUCCGGCCCUUAUGGAGGAAGAGUUGAGGCAAACAAAGGGCGCGUACGAAUACAUCAAAAAGCAGAAUGCCGAUCUACAAGCGCGGGUCGACAAGCUCCUCGAUACACGCCAAGCUCUACUCAACGACCUUAACGGGGCGCAAGCCGAGCUGAACGCCAUGAAGAGGCACAGGGGUGCCGAUGCUGGCGCAGCCAUCAAGGACUUGCGAGACGAGAUCAAGGACAAAAUGGCCAUCAUUGACGACUUGGAGGCCCAAAUUGUCAAGGAGACAGCGCACAUCACCAAGCUCGAGAAAGACAAUGCUGCUCUAAAAGCAAGGGCUGACCGGGUUAAGGACCUGGAGGACAAGCUUAUAGAGCUGGAACACGAGAACAAGCAGCAACAGCAACAGAUUAAGGGCCUAGAGAACUACAAGAAGAAGGCUCAAGAUCUUACCUUCAUCCAGCAACGAAACAGGACCCUAGAGGAGCAAAUUGUCCAGAUGGAACAGGACUUGAAGGACUUUGAGAACUUCAAGGCGCAAAACAGGAAGCUCCAAAAGGAGAUUGAAGAAAAGGUCAAGGUGUUGGCGAAUAACGAGCAAGAGAUUGUCUACACGCUCCAAUCCAGGAACGUCUUGCAAGAAACGAACGAGGAGCUCCAACGAAGAGUUGAGUACCUUGAGUCGAAACACCAGGCUGAUGAGAAUAUGAUCAAGGAGCUCCAGGAGCAGCUUCAAAUGGGCGGUGCCAUCCAUGAGACAUCGGGUUCCCAAAGUCCUGUUACCAAUGGCGGCUUCAACCUCGAGCAUGAGCUUGAAACAGAACCUGCUGUUCGUCUAGAGCUCCAGCGGCUCAAGGCAGAAAACAACGUCUUGCGCAGCAAUAUGACCGUUGCGUCUGAGAAUGAGCGCCUAAGAAGCGAACUGGAGUCGGCCAACAAGAAGGUUGACUUGUAUCGCGGCAAGUGCACCGAGGCUAUGGAGAAGCACGCCGUUGCCCAGGAACAACUCAAUGCCAUGAUGAACAACACAGCAGGAGAAAGCAAUCCCGCUUUUGUGAACCUGCGCAAACAGUUCCUUGACACCUCGAGUGACGUCGAGAAGCUCACAAAGCGAGUCCAGGAGCUCGAGCAGGACGUUGCAGACAAGGAACGCGAGUUGAUCGCUGUCAAGACAGAUCUGUCCGUCAUUGGAGAGGAGCAAUCAGCUGCACUCACCGCACUCAAGGCUUCUGACGAGUUGAUAGCCGAAUCGCUACAGAAGGAACUCGAGGCCACACGCAAGCAGCUCAGAGAGAAGACGUUUGAACUGGAUGAGAUGAAGGCACAGCUGAUGGAAGCAUUGGUCUCCAAGGACAAGCUCCGCAAGCAGCUGGAUGAUGCCAUUGCGAGCGGCGGAGAUCCGAACAAGUCCAGGAAGGAGGACGUUGAGAAGAUGGAGAAGCUGAAGGCUGCGCUCAGGCAAAAGAUCGAGCAACUCGACAAGGCUGAACAGGAGAAGUACGAUCUCCAAAGGCGGAUCAAGCUUGUUGAGAGCGGCGGUGCCUAUGCGGCCCAAAAGGCGUCAAGCGACCAAGUCAUCAAGAACCUCCAGCGCGAGAAUUCCAUGAUCACAACAGCAUGGUACGACAUCACAAGCCGGCUGCAGAGCAACCACGUCAUUCUCCAAAGACGGCACGACCAACCCAAGAGCUGGCUGCACAAGCAAAGGCAGUUGGUAAACGCCACGCCAAGGAGGUAGAACGUCCUCGCGUAGCCUGCCCUGUCCUACCAAGACCAGGGCCGGCUGCCUCGCCGCCGCCGCCGCUACUACCAUCUACCACCUACCAUCAUCACGUUACGUCUCUGCAAGCAACCAAGAUCAACCCACACACGGUCUCGUAUUCAACCUGCCUAACUGCUGUUGCGCUUUGCUGGACAGCGAUCUUCUCGCUCAUCCGCGCGUUACUGUCUGUGGUGGCGGUGGCUACCACUUUGAAGAACCUCUAUCGUAUCUCGAUCGUGCUAGCAAGAAAGCCGAACAGAAUUAAGCCGGGUCCAAGGUCAUCAUCAUCAUCAAUACGACGACUGAUGGCGACCACGGCGGCGACUAUGGCGUUUGUUUCGGUGCUAGUCAUGGGGGGUGAUUGAUCGACUAGAUGUUAUCUGCGUGCGUGCGUGCGGUUGGUGUGGAUUCCAACAAGAAUAACAAAAACCAAACUAUAGAGAAGACGUCUUUGAAAUAGAAUGUGGGCAUACCCUAUCUAGACACAACCUCAAGGGAGAGUCACAUGAAGGGAAAACGUCGCGAAGAAAAUGAAUAGACGGAUGCAUUGAUAAGGAGCAGGGCGAUCAAGAAGGGCGACAUAUGGUUUUUAAUAAAGACACGAAGCAAGGGCUGAAGUAUCAGACGAUGUAAAACCCUUACAAGGAAAAAAAAAAUGUGUUAGAAGCUAGAUAGCAUCGCGUCGAGUUUGGUUGAUCAUGGAAUCUUUGUUUACUUUACCCCUGAGAUGGACCUGAAAGAGGGAUUAGAAAAUGAGAGGAAUGAACAUGAUGGCGGCG